GUUAUCGCCUACCGGUGGCCGCCGCCUGGCCCUUCCUGGGCGCCCCCCUCGGCGGAGCACCCACCCUCGCACCGCUGCAGCUGCCCGUCUCCAUGCCGGUGGCCCAGGCGCCGCCAUCGGUUUCCGUUGGCGGCGCCGCCGCCGCCGCUGCAGCCGCCUCGCAUCCGCAUGCUGCCCAUGUCCAUGCCGCCCAUGCCCACGCCCUUGGCCCCCAGUUGGCGCAACUCCAGGCCGUUGCCGUGCCCACCGCUGCCGCCCAGCAGCAACAUUCGGCAUUGCAGCAAUCAUUGGCCGCCGCCGCUGCCGCUGCAGCCGCUGCCCAGAAUCAAGGAGGAGUUGCUGGUAAUCCGAACGCUGCUGCCGCCGCCGCCGCCGCCUAUGCCGCCCGUCUCUCAGCGGCGGGCGCCACACAAUCACCGCAAACGGCCGCUGCUGCUGCGGCUGCUGCUUCCAUGGCUGCGUCGGCUAAUGCGGCCAACAGUGCUGCCGCCCUGCAUGGAUUCGCGCCUGUAUACUAUGAUCCCUUCUUAGCAGCCGCUGCUUCCGCUGAUCCGAAUCUACGCUUCCAGGCAGCCAAACCGGUCACUGAAGUUCCAGCCGCUCAGCCAGCCGCCAUAUUAAAUGUAAUAAAACUUUUGUCAAAACUAAUAUUGCUAACCUCACAAAACAAAACCACAAAAUGA